CCAGGAGCUGUCCCAAGCCCUGCAGAGCUGGGGCAGAGCAGAGCAGCCACCCCUGGCUGCUGGUGACGUCCCAUGAAGACAUUUUGAGCCUCUGCACUUCCUGACCUGGGCUUCUUCACGUGUCUGGCUCUGCCUUGGCUGCUCUGGAAAGACCAUGCCAGUCUGAUGUGGUGGAGAGGAGCAGCAGGAGGAGGAACACGAGGAUGAGGCUGGAGCAGUGCCUGCCCCUCCUGGGGCUCCUGCUGUGUUCAGUUGGCACCACAGCUCAGCAGGAUGAAGAACCGGAGGGGGAAUUCCUGGUGGAGAUUUCUGGCACCACAGUGACCAUCACAUGUCCCUUGGAGGACGAGGUCAUCCAGUGGGACCUGUCUGGGAAAUCCCAGGACACCAAGGACAGGAAGUUCGUUAUAAAGGACCAUGACAGCACCCCUGCCAACCUCAGCUGCUCCUUGGGUAAAAAGAAGCAUCAGCUGUACCUGAAUGCCAAAGUUUGUGCCACCUGUGAGGAGCUGGACGCCCUGACCGUGGCAGGGAUCAUCACUGCAGACCUCCUCAUCACCCUGGGUGUGCUGAUCCUGGUUUAUUACUUCAGCAAGAGCAGGAGGGGACGAGCCAGCUCUGCUGGGGACAGCCGGCCACGAGGUCAGAAGAUGCAGCGACCUCCCCCUGUCCCCAACCCGGACUACGAGCCCAUCCGGAAGGGCCAGCGGGAGGUGUACGCGGGCCUGGCCCCCAGAGCCAUCUGAAACUCCUGCUGAUGGCAGCCUGCAGCCAGCAGCUCUGGGGAAACGCUUCUGCCCUCCUUGUGCCAGCUCUCUGCAGCUCUGCUGAGCCUCCAGGUGGGCACAGGACAGGGACGUGCUGUCCCACCCUGGGGUGUGCUUGAGUUAGCCAGCCCGGAGCAGAAACGAGCACACUGGCAAGAGAUUUUCUUCUCAUUAAAGGACUGCAGCCUCA